AUGGACUCCAAGCAAUUUGAACACGACCAGAAGAAGGCGGACUUGGAGUAUUACUGGGACUCAUACAGUUCGAUCAAUAUACACGAGCAGAUGAUCAAGGAUUAUACACGAACACAUACCUACGAAAAGGCGAUCAACGCGUGUGACAUUAAAGGGAAAAUAGUGAUGGACGUUGGAUGUGGGCUUGGGAUCUUAUCCCUCUUUGCCGCACGUGCUGGAGCCAAACACGUCUAUGCCAUCGAGCGUGCUGGUGUAUCAGAAAAAGCGAAACAAGUCGUGAAGGAUAAUGGAUAUGAAGAUGUCAUUACAGUGAUAAAAGGAAGAGUCGAAGACAUAACACUUCCUGUCGACCACGUCGAUGUCAUUGUGAGUGAAUGGAUGGGGUACAAUUUGUUAUAUGAAUCGAUGCUUGGAAGUGUCUUAUAUGCGCGAGAUAAAUGGCUUGUCAAAGGUGGAUUGAUUUUACCAGAGAAGUGCACGAUGUAUAUUAAUGCCAUAGAAGAUCAAUGGUUCUAUGAUAAUAAAGUGAAUUUCUGGAGGAAUGUGUAUGGGUUUAAUAUGACACCGAUGAGAGCUCAAGUCUUAAAUGAGCCAUUAGUCGAAACUUUAAAUUCCUCUUCUAUUGUGACGUCCGAUGACGUCUUAAUGAAUAUCGAUAUCAAUACAAUGAAAUAUGAAGAUCAAUGUUUCACUACACCAUUCAAAUUAAAGGCUUUCAGAGAAGACUUCAUCUACGCGUUCGCUACUUAUUUCGACGUCGCAUUCCCACAGUCGGGAGAGGUUUUAACAACAUCGCCAUACCAAACGGAAACACAUUGGCACCAAUCAAUGUUUUACUUGGACGAACCAAUCACCGUCUCACCUGGAGAAAUCAUAGAGGGAGUGUAUACACUCAAAUUCAAUGAGGUCAACCCAAGAUUUUUGGACGUCUCUAUCUCAUUCAAGUUUAAAGGAGUGUUCCACACCGCUCAGGGACAAAAUAAUUACAAAAUGCAAUGA